AUGUCAAAGGGCAUGAGUUACGACCCAGCAAUUCCUGCAUUUGGAGGUUCGACAGAGGGAGGCUCUCAGACAAUAGGGAGACGUGACAGUGAAUCUCAGCCUCGCAGAGCUGCGAAGAUCGAUGCCCGUCGUCGGUAUUCGGCCUUCAAUGCCUCUCUUGUAUCGCAACAGCCACCCAACGCUUCAUGGACAAAGAUGGAAGUGCUUCAAUGUCCUUCACCAAGACAAAGGGAUAAUUUUACCGCCAAUUCAGAAAUCCUUGAAAUCGAUGUGCCGGGCACGAAACUGAUGGUGCGGCUUAGAGUCACGAGUGACUACACGGACAUUCCAAAUCUUGCCAUCGGGCUUUGUCUCGUGGACUUCGAGACAUAUCUCGCCUCGUUCAAGCCGACGACAGCAAUAACACUGCCACAAGUCGAAAAGCACUCGCUAGCAAUGUCGAGCAUAACCCCGUACAAAACGGGUCACACGUCACCGCUCAGAUAUGGUCAAGCUGCUUUGGUGAUACGUGCAAUACGUUGCCUAGUGUCUGAUGCGGGGAUCCACGCUGCCUUAGAUUUUGUUAUACUUGCCAACCAAAAGGAUGAAGUUGCGAUUGGGUCUAUUCAGAAACCAGUCAGCGAAUCUGUUGUAGUUGUCAAGAGGUCUUUGCCUACGGACUCUUUACACACUGCAACCAUCAGAUUGACGACCAGGCCUGGCCAACGCGUGCAAAGAUUUAGCAUCGCAGGCACAGACUUAGCAGUAGUGAUCAGCCCGUUUUCCCCGCACGACUCGCUUGAAGCUGUCGAUGUCUCUAUCGCCAUUGUUUCCAUCAGACAGCGACUCAUUGCUCUUCGAGCUCUGGACCAACCAUUCGUGGAUCACAUGUGGGGAACCUCCAAAGACGUCUCUGUCAGCUUCUACCCAUUUGGGCAUUUUGAUCGGUCGACUACCAAUGAAAAAAUUAUUCGUGCCAUUGAAGGUGUACAGGCGUUCCUUAGGAUGCUGCCUUCGUACUAUUGUACCUUGUCGCUGUCCGUGUAUCAAGAAGCUCUUCCGGUCGUUGGGGGUUUGAUGCAGCACUCGGAUACUAGGUCUAACAAUUUCACUAGAGCCAGCGAUGAGGUUACGACGCCAGUUAUUCUCGGACAUAGUGAAAAGAAUUUGGACUUUCCUUCGAGUUAG